GAUGUGUUAGUGUGUAGUGAAUCCUCCUAAGGCUGUAUUCUGACUCUAUUCUGCACCUCUGUCAGAAUAACAGUGAGGAGGCUGAGAAUAACAGCUGAAUGCCGGCAAUCAUGUUACCAUGGAUAGUCCUCAUCAUCUCUCUGUUUUACUGCAAUAGCAUCAGUGCAACUUACCACAGGAGAAGAGGUUUUUUCCCAUCAGCACUAAGAGUGAAGAGGGGGACGGCAUCAUUGGUAAACCCCAUAUUUCAGAACUCUAUUAAGGAUGUCAAUUUGCUAUUUGAGAUUCUACUGGCUGGACUGCAGUUUGAAGAUGAGCGUGGUCUGUUCUCAGUGCAUGAUGAAGAGCUGGCAUCCCUUCGUCAAACACACAAGUUAGAAGUCAUUUGUGAAGACAUAGUGCCCAAGACGCUGCCAGAGGUGCACAGAUUGACCUCUGCUCUGGUCCAGGGUGUGGGUGCCCUUACAAGAGAAGACUUUGAACGCUUGGUGCUGACGUUGGUUUACACGGCUCAACAAAUGGCUCAGGCCAGCACUGCUCACCAAAGAGAUGCCUGGGCAGGGUCCUUUACCAACCUCUACAAUGCCAUAAAGAAAGACCUCAGCAGCCAGCAGAGCAUCUGAUAGAGAGACAACUGAACUCUUUGGAAAUACCUAGCAAGUUUAGGCCAGUUGCAGCAAAAGGAAAAGAUGAACUGAAGCAUCUUUGCAAUUUCAGAAAUUCAUGUUUUUCUCUAUAUGUGUAUGGGUUUGUUUUUGUACUUUUUCAAGACAACAUGUGUCCUGACGUAGGGGAAAAACAGGAAAAUCAAGGCCAACAUACAAUGUUAAAUGAAUCAAAAUAUUCUGAUAUUGUAAUAUGCUCUCUACAAAAGCUCGAUUUUUGAUUUGUUUGUUUCUUUUAACAAAGGAGCAAAACCAUUUCUUUUUUUGUCACCAAGUUUAAGUUUAGGGUUAUGAUAAGGCUUAGAACAUUCUUAUUACAUACAGGUAUUUACAUAUAUGUAGUACAUAUGAGACAUUGAAAGUAUUACUGCUUUCAGUAAAAUCACUUGCAAUUGCAAGACUUAACAAACCAGAAAUUUACAAUGAAUGUAUUAUGUGUGCAUAACUUAAAGAUGCAGAAAACAAUAAAUGAUUUUUUGAUCUUGA